AUGGAGCCGUCUUUCAUCGCUCUUCCUCGGCUCUCUUCGUACUUGCCCUCCUUUGCUGCAGCUGACAGCAAUCGUGAUGUGGGAAGCAGGAAGCAACGCGACAGCACCGCAUGUACAUGCAACGCAGUAAGCUCUACAAAGCGUACUGUCCACCACCUUCAGAACGAGCAGCUCGAGAAGAGACAAGGGCCGUUCAACGACACGAUUGACAGUACCCUCUCGGACAAUCGAGCGUCCUUGGCACCGCUCAACAGUGUCCAUCUGACCCAUAAGCAAGCUGCCUCAUGCUCAACCUCCGUUGUCUGGGAUCUACUCUCACCGAAACCGUUCGUUCAGUCACUAGACGUCGAUACACUGCGUUCUUGCAAGUCAAAGCAGACUACAUCUCGCAAGCGUGCAUCGAGGUACUUGAGCGACCGUGACCGUCGAGCGAUCAUCACACGAAUCAUUCAUGGCGAGAAGCAGGUGACCCUUGCCAGGGAAUUUGGCGUAAGUCGUGCGGCCAUCUGUAACCUCUACAAGAAUCGCUGGACGGUGCUGUCUCGCGUCAGGCGUAGUAUCGAGCCGCACAUCAAUCUGUCAAGUCCAUUGUCGAUCCUUCGACACGCCGGUGCGGUCAUCGUUGUGCCCAACGUGUCCACGAUAUCCAUUUGUACGGAGAGCUCGGAAAAUGUCAUCGACGGCACAAGCAUCGGCAGUUGUGCACCUCACCAGCCAGGACAUGAUAGUGGCAAAGCGCAGCAAUGUCAGGGAGAUGAAUGGUGUGCUUCGAGGCUGGAGGACUCCAAUUCGAGUGUUGCGGUUUAUGACAGGGUCGAGCAUCUUGACGUGAGAGGCGUGCGAGCUGGACAAGAUCGACUAGAAGCCUACCACAUAACGCAUGAACAGCAGUCUCCCGUGUACCAAGGAAUCCGUAGUCCAGCGUCAUCUUCCCGAUUUUUCGUGCACGAGGCGUCGGUGCAUUCGCAGCCGUGUCGAAACCUCCUGACUGCGCUGCGUGACGUGAACACUAGCACACAAGUCUUUCGGCAACGGGUUACGCGUCUGGUGCGUCUUCUGCUGGAAGAAGCUUUGUCAUGUCUACCUCAACGACCUGUCGAUAUGAAAGAGAACCUGUUUGGCGACGUAUGUCAUGGGCCCAAGGCCUUGGACGAGGACGAUAUAUGCGGUGUCUCGAUGGAAGACAAAGGUAUGGCACUGUUGCGUGCGUUCGCGACCAUCAGUCCGGCUUCAUCCACUGGCGUCAUUUUCGCUGCAGCAGGUAGCACAAAGGAUAGCUACAAUGGCAAUGUGUGGCCUUCUAUCACACAUGCUCGGCUACCUGUCAUUCGUGCACGCCAGGUAGUGCUAUUGCUCGAUGUCCAGUGCGUCACGGGAACUGAAGCAUGUGCAGUGCUGCAUCAUCUCGUGCACGAAAGACAGAUACCCGCACACCGUGUUUAUUUUGUCACCAUUAUGAGCUCCUUUGAGGGACUUUACAAGGUCGCCUGGCACUUUUCAGACGUCAAGCUUAUCUCGGCCCACGUGAGCAAACGAUUAGACGGGAACCCAUACUACCAACCAGGUGUUGGAGACUUUAUGCAACGCUACUGGGAUGUCCUCGCCGACUGCAGUCCUGUAUGA